UAAACCGAGCCGCACGGUAUGAUUGGUUUGGUGUUUGGGGUUUAGUGGCGAAAAAUGUGGAAUUUAAGAUAGGAAAAGUGGGCAUUUGUGUUUAUACAGUGUACCUAGUAAUGAAAUAAAACAGUGAUCUGAAGUCUAACAUUAUUUAAAAAAACAAUUAACUGAAGCAUCCUUGAUACGAUAUCCAAGAUGUUGAAAAGAAGGAGUAUAUGCCUAGCUGCCGGUGUCUUCGCAGCGACAUGGGUAAUUUCUGUCGCUCAAGAGCACGGGCCGCUGCCCCCUUCGCCGUCCCCGCCACUGCAUAUAACGACCACAGAGAGAACGGCGUUACAAGGCAACUUCUGGCAAGGAUUCCUCGCUUCGUUGUCAGUCGUCAUCGUCUCAGAACUAGGAGACAAAACGUUCUUCAUAGCAGCGAUAAUGGCGAUGAAACAUCCAAGAAUCAUAGUUUUCGCUGGAGCUAUUUCGGCCCUUGUGUUCAUGACGAUACUAUCGGCUGCUUUCGGCUGGAUUGCCACCGUUAUCCCAAGAGUGUACACGUACUACGUCAGCGCGGCCUUGUUCGCGAUAUUCGGCAUCAAAAUGUUGAGGGACGGCUGGAAAAUGGACCCAAACGAAGGUCAGGAGGAGUUGGAGGAGGUGCAGAGUGAAUUAAAAAGAAGAGAGGAUCAGGAAGAGAAAGAGGAGACCCUUGACAUGCUGGAGCAAGGUCAAGCGGAGAACAAGCGGAGGAAACGUAAUGCGAUACUGAAAGUGCUGCUACAAGCCGCCACAUUGACUUUCUUGGCUGAAUGGGGAGACAGGUCGCAGCUAGCCACGGUUGUGCUGGCGACAAGAGAAGACGCUGUUGGCGUUGUAGUCGGGGGGUCGCUCGGACACGCGCUGUGCACGGGCUUGGCUGUGAUAGGAGGAAGAAUGGUGGCGCAGAAGAUAUCUGUGAGGACUGUUACAAUAAUUGGUGGUAUUGUGUUCCUGUUCUUUGCAGUGAGUGCUCUUUUCGUUGGUCCCGGCGAAUAAUAAAACAUUGUGUGUAAAAAAACACAUGUGCGUGACAAUAUAUACGUUUUAAUAAUAAUAAUAAUAUUAUAAUAGGUAUUUAUACCUUUGCUAAUCUCAUUCGUUUUUGUGCACAGUACAACAGUGUGUUUAUUUCGAAUACGGCAACAUCGGUUAAUGUCAGAUUUUUGACAGCGACAUGUGUUUGAUAGGUUUUACAAAAAAAAAAAAAAAAUACAGCCUUCGAACGUUUGAAAAAAGAUGUGUGAUAUAGACAUAUAUGGGAAUGUUGGUAAUGUAGAUUUUAGACUAAAGCGAAUCGAGAGUGCUGUCAGUGAAACUGUUGAUCUGACGGAUUGCAGUAAUGAGACGACGGAUAUCUAACUGGAAACUCGUCAUUUUGCGGAGCUGAUGAGCUUUAUUAAGUGGGGAAGAGUGGGGCUUAGUCAGUCAGCUACUUUAAGCUUUAUCUUCAGUGUUCCGAUUAGAUUACAUCUAUUAGAUUAUGUGUACGAAAUGUAUGGCUUAUGAAAAGAAAGAAAUCAUUUAAAAUUGUACACGUCUUACUCAAGGGCGGAUCCAGCUUUGGCGCCAGGAGGGGGUCACAUAGUCGUGGGCAAGUUAAGAACUUAUAAUUUAAUUUUGUUAACAAUAGAUAAUAAAUAGAUCAUGAUGUUCUUCACUUAGUCCAAGUUAGUUCAAGUCCUGGAACUAGCUCAGGGGGGGGGUCAUGACCCCCAUGACCCCUCCCCCCUGGAUCCGCCGUUGGUCUUACUAAAACCACUAUUCAGAGUUUAAUCUUGCGUUUUUAAUUGUCAUUGUAUUAUUAAAAAAAUAAAAUAGAGGGUAGUUAAUAAAAUAUUUAAAUAGCGACGAAUAAUAUACAGUAAUGAAUUGGAAACGUCAGAAAUGAUAUAGAAUGGCAAUAAAAAAUGCAAGAUUAAAUCGUAAAUGCAGUUUUCAUUGUGCCUCCAACUACACAACAAAAAUACUAUGAUGUGGAAAUGAAUAAUAUCAAAAAUCUUCAAAACCGUCGACUUUGCUGGGUUGGGCAAUGCGUUUCGUCGGAUGGCCACCCUCAUUACGUAUGAUUACCCUCAUGUGACGUCACUAGUGGCUAUUCAGCUUUCCGUGAUUUCACUGCAUCACGAUUCACAUAUUAAUUUAGCUAAAAAGCCUUUAGAACUACUCAUAAAUUGCUUUGUUAUAAGUGUGUACGUUUCUCAUCUAUAUCUUUGUUAUUCGAAUUUAAUCAUUACGGUGCCGUUGACAUUGUUAAUGUACAAGUAAAAACGAAGAUAGUCGUAGAACAAAACUCCAUUAACAUAUAUUAGAAAGAAAAAACGAAAACCGGUUUCGUGGUGAUUAAGUUUAAUUAAAAGAGCAUACCGUCUUGAAAACUGGACGAAUUCGGCAAAAGGACAAAUUCGAUAUGCAAAACUUUUAUCUUUCGUGUCGGUACAAUUUAGAUAAUACGUUUCGAUAAAGGCGCCUGAAGUGUGUCGCCUCUUUAGGAACAAGAUGUAGGUACUCUUGUAAACGAUUGUGAAAAGAUAAUAAUUUAAGUACGUUGUUCACGUGCGUAUCGUCGUGACGUCACCGCAGGCGUGCGAACGAGACAGCGCUCUACAAUUCCGAACGGGAGCCGAUCAUGGCCGAACGCCCUUUUGUCGUAUAACGAAGCGUGUCACUUUUUCACUGUAAUAAUCAGAAUUGAUCAAAUAAGCAAAUCGCGGAAAGUGUCCCAAAUUAUUUUGAAGCUAUCCUAUCUAUACGUGUUACCAGCUUGUUUAGAAGUGAAAUUCAAUAACGCUAAAUUUGCCUCCCAUCUAUUUUAAUGUAUUGGACCGAUGAUCGAUCCUAUUCUUGACAUGGGCACGUACGGUACCUCGUGACAAACAGACAGGAUAGUAGUACCUAAUCGUGCGAGCACUUAUGCUUAAGUACAGAAUCCGGCGAUAAAUAUUUCACAUCGACAUUUGGAAAGAGACAAUUGGCUAAUUGUAGCUUCGUAGAGCGCUGUCUUUGUCGCACGAAACACUAACAAACAGUUCGGUGUCUAUUAGGGUCGCACACUGCCUUACUUGAAGAACGACUGACAAACGUCAAAUAGGUAUUGUGCGAAAGAGAUGCAUAAAUUAGCAGUUUGUCUCUUUCCAAAAGCCGAUGAGUAACAUUUAUCGCCGGGUACAGUAAUGAUUGAUCAUACUAUUGUUGGCUCGUCUUUUGUAAAUCUGUUGUAAAAUCAACGAUUUAUUGCUGAAAGAAUUAUUUUACGGUGGAAAAUAACAUGUAAAACGACUUUAAAAUACAAUUUGGCGAUAGCGAGUUUUGAGUGUUGCUAUAUUCGUCGGUCUUCGUCAGAUCUGCCCAAUUUUUCGGGACUUUAUUUCCCUACACAUAUCUAUGUAAAGUCUCUGGUAAAUAAACUGUGUUGAGUAUGAGAUCAUGUUAAAAUAUAUAAUGCUUAUAUCUGUGAUGUUUUUAUCAAUAGUUUUAAUACUAAAAUAAUAUGUAUACGUAUUUUUUUUUAUUAUUAUUUGUAUAACUGUUUGUUGUAUAUACGAACUAUUCUGCUUACUCUGGGCUACCUUCGCCAAGAAUGACGCUACCUGUAGGCAUUAUCGAGAAGAAAAUACUUUUUCAGACAUAAACUCUUUACGCCUAUACGUAAUUUUAUUCUGGCGGUAAGCGAACACUACGCGAGUGUUACACGUUAAAUUGAUAACAACAUUUAAUUAAGAAAAGAUAAAUAUAUCGCACCUUUAAAAUCGAAAUGGCUUAAUCAAUAAUUUUAAGAAAAUGAGUUUUAUACUUUGAGCGACUUAUAAAUAUGUAUUUUCUAUCAGAUUAUAAAAUUGAAUUUUAAUUUUAGUCUAGAAAAGACAAACUACACUUUUCGCCCCCUUCUAAAUCAAGCGCAUACUUUAAGCUUUAAGGUGUGAAUUUUAAGGGUUAAAGUAUUAAAAUCAAAAUUGGAAAAGACUACAAUUCUUCAAUUACAUUUUUGGCGUUUACCAAAAAACAAGAAUUUUGGAUUAAAGCACUUUAAUUCUAAAGGUGAUAUAUAUAAAUAAAUAUAUGUAUAGUAUAGUCUUAGUACGUUCAUUUCUUUAACCCGCAAUGAAUGAUAAAGUCAGUGGUCAACCGCGCGUUUCUUUGUGACCGUUAUAUGUCGCGCAUCAGCUGAUUUUGCUGAUACAUUAUAAUUAAUGCAAGUAAUUUUAUCUUACUCAUACCAGAUCAUUUAAAAAUCAUUACGAUCGGAAAUAACUUUUUAUGUUAAGUAACGCGAUCAUAUAAUUAUGGAUUCUUAAACCCUUUGACUGCCCUGCGGUGCUGUACUGAAGUAAUGAUGUCGAUUUCUGUUACUAGAGGCCCUAUUAUAUUUGCCUAUUUUUGCCUUAUUUUAUUGUUUAAUGUAUGUUUUAGUCUUUUAGGUCUAUUAUAUAUAGAUUUAUUCUAAGUACCUUUGGAUUCGUCUUUCUCAGAUUCUACUAGAUAUUCCGGCGUCUUUUUUUUUCUCCUACCUAUGCUGAUAGCCUUUAGAGGCUACUUCAGCUUCGCCCUAACGUAUAGGUGAGCUCGCAGGGGCUCAAACCUGAUGACGUUGCUAACACCGGCCCUAGCAAGCUGAAGUGCUUCGCAGAAUCUACCACCGGAUCGGAAACGCGACCCACUGAGAAGAUCCGGCCAGAAACUCAGUGGGCUGUGUUUGUGGGUUAAUUUACUCGUCGAGUCCUUCGUCGCAAGCGGCGUCUUAGUAAGAAGAGCGAAGAAAGAAAUCGACAUAAUUCCUUUAGUGCGUCACGUAGGACACCAGUUACGUACAUGGCAGUCGAAGGGUAAAGACGUAAAUGAGAAUUAAAAAAAAAAGAGAUUGAAGUGUUUUUUUUUUCUGGAAAUAUACGCAGGACUGCGUGUAAUUAUUGUAGUAAUCGAGUGACUCGACAAGGAGUAUCGAAUGUGUGCGUUUUUAACGUUCUCGAUAGCGUAAAAGUUAACUCAAAUUCGUAUGCAGUUGGAACAGCGCCCCUAGCCGCAAACGUAGGCAAACGUUCCAACUCCACUGAGUUAACUUUUACGCUAUCGAGAACGUUAAAAAACUCGCACUAAGCACACUGAUGUAUUUUUAAAUGAUAACCAAAUCCGUGUUUGACGAAUCGAGAAAAAUUUGUCUCUCACGAAUGCGAGGCGACUGUACAGUUUUGAAUUUGACCUUUUAAAACAGCUCCUAAUUCAUAUAUCGCACACACAGUGCCAUAACGUCACUUAUGCAAAUUAUAUAAUUUUUGAGGUGAAGAAUUUGAAAAUUCAACAUCUUAUUACAGUUAUAAAUAGUUCUUCUUGACUAAAGAAUUUUUAUUUUUAUUGCAUAGGUUGGGGGAAGAGAAUCAGUAGAAACAAACACGUCACUAAUCUAUAUAUAUAAAAGAAAGUCGUGUUAGUUACACUGUUUAUAACUCAGGAACGGCUGAACUGAUUUGGCUGAAAAUUGGUGAGGAGGUAGCGUAAAACCAGGAGAAGGACAUAGGAUACUUUUUAUAACGUUCCCGUGGGACGCGACAUAAAACGUGGUAUAACAAAACGCAACUGAUAUGGAAUAACAAAACGCAACUGACAGCUAAACGUAAUAUAUUCUAUGGUUUAAUUAUAGUAGAAUUUUGAAGUGACUUUUUGGCGGGAACGCGAGCAGUGAAGUUGUGUGAUUUGUUUUAUUUUGUCUAUUUAGUGUUUCUUCAGGUUUAAAUGUGUAAUAACGGUGGUUUAUUAACCGUUUAAUAUCUGUGAAAGUCCACAAAUGUGGGAAAAUGAAACAAAGCUGCUGAACGUAACUUCUCGGGUUCCUCCAAAAAGUCCACUGAAAAAAUCUCAGUAAAUGACCACCAUUUUACUGCGAUUAUAUUUCAUCCCAUAUCAUUUCAUUUCAUUAAAUUUCAUCCCAGUUGAUUAAUGUCUCAAAUUAAUCAUCUUCAUUUCAUUUCACUCCAUAUUAUCAUUUUUCAUAAAAUUAAGAAUAUAAAGUAAAAUAAGACAUGACUUAAGGUCUAAGUUACCAGGUCAUAAAAUCUCUUAAAAAAAAAAAGAAUUUUGAAGUUGACCGGUUGAUGUGUUUGAAACAAACCGUGUGGCGGAACAAAGUUCGCCGGGUCCACUAGUAACUAUUAAAAAUGGAUUUUCAUUUUAACAAGAAUCGUAUAAGUGUAUAAUUGUAUAGCUCUGUAUGUGCGAUAUGUCAAAAUAUUUUAUGUUACAUAGAUGCUGUUAGUUCUAAUUUUAUGCUAAAUAUUAUUUGAUUUUUAGAUAUAAGCCUUGUGUAGUGGACCUCAAGGAUAGAUUUAAUUUGCUAUUUUUGUACCAAUAGUGGAGUUUUAAUAUGUUUGUUGGUUCAUGUCGAAUACUUUUGACUUUGAUUAGUUGAAUUGUCCGGUGUUAUUGUCACAACACGAAUAAAUGGGAAACCCGGAAGGUUCUAAUUUUUCAAAAGUACCGCGUUGAUUUACGAAAACCCGACUGUAGUUCGCGUUGAGUGACGUCAGAUGUGGUCAAUAUUUGCGGCCAGCCAACCACAGAUCAUACACAACGAUAAGUCUCGUGACGUCAUACGUUUGUUUUUUAUUUAGUUCGUUGUGGAUUAAAGUUCGAAUUAUUAGAAUAUUUAUAUCAGUGAUAUAUCAAUUAAUGUUCCACAAAAAGUGAUUGAAUCAUUGUUUUAAUUUCGAUGCCUCCAAUGAACACUACUCUAACUAAAAAUUUCGAAAUUUUCGUUUUUCUUGCAAAUCGCUUAACUAUGUUAAAAGUAUUACAAUUAAUCAUUAUUGAUGGAGUUCGAAGCAAGAGUAAAUCAGCUAGUUACACAAAAAAAACAUAAAUAUAUCUGCAAUAAUAAAUAUUUUAUCAACUUUUUUCGUUUAAACGCUCCUCCUGUAAAUCUACGAAUUUGGAGUUAGCGUAGUGUUCAUUGGAGGCAUCGAUUUAAUAAAGCCUAUAUUACUUUAAGUUAACAUUUUAUUCAAAAUUACAUGAUCUAUAAUUUUUCCACGGAACCCUAGAACUACAUUUCUAAAAUAAAAGUAGCCUAAGUUAUUCUUUAUACAAUCUGCUAGUUAAUACCUAUCUGUCGAAUUUGUUUUAGCCGUUUCCCGGGAUUUGUAGGAACAAACAGACAGAAAUAUUAUAAGUACGUACCGUAUUUACUUUAGAUGCAUUUGUUGAAGAGCUGUUCUUUUGAUAUUACAAUUAGUAAACAUUUCAAUUUUAUUUCUUUGUAAUACAGAUCGUUAUUGUCUGAUUGCCUAUUUUAUUAGCGAAAAGAUUAGAAAAGUUUUAAUAUAUUAAAAUAAGCAAUAACAUUUUUUGUUUAUGUUAUCUUCAAAUGACGAGUGAUUUAAACUAGAUUGCAUUGUGCCUAAUACCAGUGAAAUUUUAUUUAGAAUCAUUAUUAUUGAAAGAAACAAAAAAAACACUUAUUAUUGUGACGUCAUCUUUGAACCAUUUGGUGAUUUUUUUUUGUUUAUUGCCCAUGUAAUCAGACGAGCAUACGGCCUGAUGGUGAAUGGUUACCAUCGCUAAUAAACAUUAGCAAUGCCAGUGCCAACCAAGCCACUGCCUACAUCUGAUUGCAUUCCGUAAGCCUCGUUUGAAGGUGUUAAGCAGUUACCAUACAUAGCCCAGUUUUAGGCAGCGGCUUGGCUCUGCCCCUGGCAUUGCUGACGUCCAUGAGCGACGGUGACCACUUACCAUCAGGUGGGCCGUAUGCUCGUCUGCCUACAAAGGCAAUAAAAAAAAAUAAAUAAAAUAAUAUCACAGUGUGAAUACAUCUUAAGAUCAUCUAAUUUUUCGUGCUGGAAUUGAGGAUUGCUUCGCGACAAGAAUAGGAUGGUGAAACAUUCCACUGUGAUCAUGCAUUGUCAUUGUCAAGAUAAAAUUUAUUAUCAUGACAAUGACAUGGCGAUAACUUUACGUUACCGAACGAUGUACAGUUUUUAAAUGUAUUGUUUUUUUUUUAACUUAAGUACAAUAAUAUCAUGUAUCACAAUGACAGAUAAGUUUAGUAUGCUUUUGCGAAAUGUUGUUGUUAUAAAAAUGUAAAAAGUAUUAUUUUUUAUUAAGUGAUGAAUAAAAUUGUCUAAAUUUAA